AUGGCAACGCGUCCGACCCUACCAUACUUCGUGCCACCAGACCGGCUCCCAAGCCCGCUGCCUACUGUCGCCGAGAUCCUAGCUUCCACAACCCACCUGAAGAGAUUCACCGGCGAUCCACACCCUAACGUUGUCCGUGUUGGGGAGCACUUUGUUGUCAAAUUCGGGGCAGACAUUGACCUCCGGGAGGGUGAAAAUACACUCUUCGUCCAGCAAGCUACGAGCCUAUCCGUUCCGACCAUCUAUGCCAUUUUUCACGACGAAGCGACUGGUUACAACUUCAUCGUCCAGGAAUACAUCUCAGGUCAGGGGUUGGGAGAGUAUUGGCCAAAGGCUAAUCAAAGUGGCAAGGAGGCGGUGGUCACCCAACUGCGUCAUUACUUUGACGAACUCCGCAGUCUCCCAUCACCCGGCUAUUUUGGUGGCCUAUGGCGACAACCCAUCCUCGAGGGCUAUGUGACGGGUGGACAGAGAGCGCUUGAGAAGAGUGACGUUCCGCCAUGCGAUACGGAGGAGGAAUGGGUCGACACCAUGAUUCGAAACGCCGACGCGAAUUACCCCAUCGAAAAUCGCGCACUUUUCGAAACCAGGAAGAAUUUGUGCCACUCGAUUUUCCAAAACCAUGAUUCUGUCUUCACACAUGCCGAUCUUCAUCCUUCCAACAUAAUUGUCCGCGACGAUAAUACGGUAGUGGUAAUCGACUGGUCGUUGUCAGGGUGGUAUCCGAGCUACGUCGAGUACUGCAACAUGAUGACCUCUCAUCAUCAUCACCCGACCGAUUUGACUCUGUGGAUGCCACGAGUUUUCAAGGAAUAUGUUGCUGAAUAUGGGUGGAUGCUUCAAAUGUAUGCAUGGAUUCACUGGGGCGGCUAG